GCCUAAACAAUUUGCCUUUUGACCAAUGCAGCUUUCCGUAGCACGCCACGCCGUUUUAACAACGUGCGGAUAGUGUGGUGAGCAAGCAUUGCUUCUGGUUGGGUUAGAAGCUAAAUCUCACACAACGUAUCAACGCAUAAAGUCGAAAUAAUGGCAGAUAUGACUCCGACUGAGGGGAAGGUGGUUCGACAAAUCGAGUAUUACUUUGGAGAUCACAACCUCCCAAGAGACAAAUUCCUCAAAGAGCAGUUGCAGCUGGAUGAUGGCUGGGUGAAGGUCGAUACGAUGCUUCAGUUUAACAGGCUAAAGAGUUUAACCACCGAUAGCGCCGUUAUCAUUGGAGCCCUACAGAAAUCCAAGACUGGCCUCCUGGAAAUAAGCGAAGACAAAACUAAAAUCAGGAGGUCGGCAGAGAAGCCCAUCCCUGAAAUAAACGAGGAUUACAAAGAUGCCAUGAAAAAUAAAUCGGUGUACAUUAAAGGGUUCCCCUUGGAAACUACCCUGGAUGAGAUUCUGGAGUGGACGACUGGAAAAGGCCAGGCAGAAAAUAUUCAAAUGAGGCGAAAUCUGCAACGGCAAUUCAAGGGAUCUGUGUUCCUCUGCUUCGACACGGAGGAAGCGGCCAAGGCGUUUCUUGGACGUGAAGAUAUAAAAUCCUUUAAGGAUAACGAGCUUCUAGUCCUCUCAAGGGAAGCCUAUCACGCCAAAAAGGCAGAGGAAAGAAAACAGCACAAGGCCGAGUCCAAAGCCAAAGCCAAACACAACAAGGAUGAAACAGAAAAACAGACUGAGGAAAAGGAAAUGGGUCUGCUUCUGGAGGAACAGACUGGCUGCCUGCUCAAGUUCUCUGGAGAACUUGACCAAGUCUCAAGAGAGGACUUCCACACAUUGUUCUCCGGACACGGAAAAAUAAAAUGGGUUGACUUCACAAGAGGAGCAAAGGAGGGUACACUGCUGUUUGACGGGAAAGCAAAGGAAGCUUUGGAUAAGGCGACAGAGGCCAAAGGAGGAACGUUGCAAAUCAAGGAGGACGAUGUUGCAUGGGAGUUGCUGGAGGGCGAUGUCGAGAAGGAAGUUUUGAAAAAGAUGAUUCAAGCUCAGCAAGAGUCGUACACCCGAACAAAGGGCAGAGGUAGAGAAAAGUUUGGAGGCAGGGGAGGAGGAAGAGGAGGGGGUCGGCGAGGAGGACGUGGCCGGGGGGGCAGGGAUCAGAACAGAUCUCACUUCCAAGGGAAAAAGACUAAAUUUGAGGACGACAACGGAGACGAUGGCCCCCCAAGCCCCAAGAAGAGAGCACGAGAAGACGCCAGUGCUGACGCCCCCGAAGCAAAGGUUACAAAGACCGAAAAUGGAUCUUAGUUUCAACACUCAGAGAACUACAAUUUUCUUUUGAACAUUUAUUAGGGAUAUAAAACAAAGCCGUUUACUCAAAUCCAUUCCGGCAACAAUCAUGAUUUGGAGAAGCGUAGAAAAUCCACGUGGAUGUCGACCUGGAGGACGAGUUGGAAAUGUAAACUUGGCGUUAGUUUUUGGUGUUUUCAGCCCCAAUAUAUUGUGCCUCUUGCACUUGUAUCCCGUAUUUUCUAAAACUGCCUUAGUUUGUCACUUAACCUGAACAUAUGCUAAACAGACCUUAAUUUUUUUUUUCUUUAGAAAAGGUAUGCAUGGCAGUUAUUACGUUUGCCAUUUGUUUUCAUGUUGCAUAAGUGGUUAAAAAGUUAAAAAGCACCACAUUAAGUUUUACCUGAAAAUAAAAAACUUAUUUUAUGAAAGCUAGUAUCUCAGGAUCUGUUUCAUGACGUUUAUAUAAUCAAACUAGACUUAUGUUGAACACGGGUAAAUGCACACAUUUUCUUUCAGUCUAUUGGAUUAUAGCUUACCGAUUUCUUUUUGUGGAACUUGUAUGAAGCCGGCAGAUCGUACCUUAGUUCUGUCCAUGGAUGAGAAGGAAAAUUAAGCAUUUGAUUUUGCCAUCCUAUUGAAUGCUUAGAAAUAUACUAACCUGCGACAAGUUCCAUCUUCA